GGAUGCGCCGUUUUGGGAACUUUCCCUGCGACACCUAGCGGCGCACUGCAGUCUGGCCUGUGACAUAUAUCCCAGCAUCCCUCUGAACUCCAGUAAUCCAAGAUGGGCGACUUUUUGAGGGGAUUGCCGUCGUAUAACCAGACAAAUUUCACCCGGUUUCACAGCGAGUCCGGCGUCAAAACGACGAGUCGGAGACCACAAGUGUAUCUCCCUACCACUGACCAUCCUUCAGAACAAGUUAUCACAACAGAGAAGACCAACAUUUUACUGCGGUACCUGCACCAACAGUGGGAUAGAAAAAAUGCCCACAAAAAGAGGGACACCUCCAGAGCCAACCUAGAUGAUGAUGAUGACAGUGGUGACCUCACACCUCCCAAGAAAGUUCCCAGAUUAGGACAAAUGGAAGAGGGCAACAACACGUAAAACUUCGCUUCCACGAGUAACUGGGAACAACAGAGGAAAUGUCUACAAGCUGAUAGCCAAAGUCUUCAUUGCUUAGUGCAGUGGAGUGUCA